AUGUCAUCCGAGCUUGAAGUAUUGAAACAGCUGUUUGAUGCUGAGAGAGUUGAACUUAUGUGUAUAAUUGCUGAAACUCUAAAAAUGACUAAAGAAGAAAGAAUGAGGCGUGCUGUCAAUUUCACAUAA